AUGGGCAGUUACCUGGGCAAGCUGGGGUCCUGGCGUUCGUCCCCCUCCAAGGAGCGCACAGACCUGCCUGAGAGACCUGUGAAGAACCCCGGGCCCGCUCAGCAUCUUCACCAAGUUCGACAGGUUCAGCACGGUCACCGCACCCAGCACACUCACAGAGCACACCCUGCCCAGCGGCACAGACCUGCGAGGAGGCCGCCAAACUGGGGUCCAGCCAAUCCCAGCGCAUGGAUGGUCAACGAAGCUUGGAGGCGCUUUCCCUUGACGUGGCUCCAGAAUUCCAAUAUGGGGCCUCUACCCUCAGACUGGUGGGAAAGUUACUCCAAGAGAAAAAUUUGGUCUCUUCGCCACCCUAGGGCAACGCAGAGUUCGGUGACAAUCAAGAUCAAGAUCGCUCCUCCUGAACAGAGAAUGUCGCCUUCUCCGUCCCCACAGCAGGUAAUCAACUAUGCAGGGCCCCCACCCUCUGAGGAACUCCCAGAUCGGUGUGCAAAGGAGACAGUGCUGAGGGCCCUCAGAGAGUGCAAGAAAGGGAAAAUGAGGUUGGAAGAAUCAAUAUUCCCUGAGAGUCCAGACAGUGAGACAACAAGCCCGGAGUCCAGACCAUCUGCAUUUAGGCCCCUGAUGAAAAAUGGAGUCUUCCCUUCCUUUGUGCCCAGACCUGGACCUCUGAAGAGAAGUCCCCAUUCCUGGAGCUCAGAUCACAGCUUGCAUGAGAGACCCAGUUGUUCCUCCAUGAGCAUCUUGAGCAGCACACACACAGGUGGGCCCCUCAGCUCUAGAAGAAAUGCCAUUAGGAGCUCUUACAGCUCUUCUAGAGAGCUCUCAGAGCCAUGGAAGAGAAGGAGUCCCAGUGCAUUACUCCAGACGCCAGAGUGGCCAGUGAAAAAAAAAGAAAAAAGUCAUCAGUCUCAUUUGCCAGCCGCACUGGUAUCAGACAAGGAGUCUGCAGGAGCAUCUUGCAGUUCUGGGCAGCAAAAUCACAAUAUUUCACUACUUCUGUCUAGCCCUGCGAACCUGCUGUCUGUGACCUCACCUCCCCAGCUUGGUUGUUCAGUCCUUACUGAGGACCUGGCCUUGGAGAAAAAAGCCAGGCUUCAAUGGAGCAACAAGGCCAGAGAAAAUAAGACUGAGGCCACCAUGGAUUCUGUUACUGAGACUUGACCUGAUAUUCAGCCUUCUGUGUCUCUCACCAUGCCUUCUGCAGGGACAGCUCCAACCCAAGACACAAAUCCUUAGCUGGAAAGCUUAAAGAUGCAAAAGUCUUCAGGUCCAUUGACCUUCCCACAAUCUACCAGAGAGGCAACCAAUGUGGCUCAUUUGCCUGUGAAGACACCCAGCAUGCUUGCCCCAAUUGUGUCCUCACAGUCAGAGUAUCUUCCAGGCACCUCUUCAGACUCAACGCUCACAGCUACUUUCAUCCUGCUGACCGCUAGUUCUUCCACAUCGCAAAUCACUAACACCUCCAGGCCACCUCUGACCUCUCAGGCUGACAGGCACUGGAAUUCAGAGCUGAAGGACCACUAUGAAGAUUAUGAUAUAGUAGGGAGAUUGGGUUUCAGCUCCCGAGGCUUCCAACGUCUGUCUCCGGAGGCUAAACGCGGUGUUUCCGUGACCGUUGGGAUCCAGGCACGACGAAAGCGCGAGGAUCUCGGAGCUCUCGGCACCCUCCAGGCUGCGGUAUCGGGGGACACGCGGGCCUUCGAUAGCCCGCGCAGGGCGCUCUGCUUCUUUGGGGCCAAAGCGGAGCCUCUGCUCUCUCUGCUGCCGGCUGCACCGCGCAGCGCAGGGAGAGCGUCAGAGAGGAAGCUCGCGGCCCCUGGCCCGGGCGUCCGCUGCGACUGUCGGGGACCAUAUGGCCGGGGUCCACCGAGUCUCGAAGAGCUGGGAUCAGGCUCCAGCUACCUUCGGUCUCGGGCGGCCAGACCCAGGGCCCUGGAGAGGAUCUGUCUGCUCGCAUCCCCUUGGGAGUCCAGGUGGGGAGCGCGAUCCCAGUCACUAAAGGAGUGGGAGCGGCGCUUACGGGGGCGCAGGACUGGAAACCGGGACAGUGGACCUGGGAAGCCCAGACUAGCAGUCGUGGCGCGGGAGGGCUUGGGGAUUGGAGACGAGGUUUGCUGA